UGACUCUGCUAUUGUCUUAUCCUCACAGAAAGUUGAGGAAGCGAGCGGCCAAAGCCUCGGCUCGACGCCCCAAGCCCCUUGGAAGGUAAUGGGGCAAGAGCCCCGGGACCUCCUGCUCGCCCCUGUGGCCCGAGGAGGUGGAUGGAUGGAAGGCAGCCUAUCCAUGUCCAUCCCAGAACCCAAGCUAACGAAUUAGGGAUGUAACUGCAAAUGGCCAUUCCUGGGGAUGGGGAGGCAGGCAUGGGGAUGGGCAAGCUUUGAUCUUAGGGUGCCCAGGGAGGAAAUAAUGUAGGCACGGCUGAGGAGAAGCCUCCUCCUCCUUAUACUUCCCCCAAAUAGCUUAGACUCCAGCCUCAGCCGCCUGCAUGCUUCCUACCCCCUACUCUUCACCCCCCCCAGUUCACCCACAUUCCCCUUCUCUCUGCUCCCUUGCCCUCUUGUCCCCUCUCCCCUCACCCCCUGGACUGACUGGAUUUCUCAUCACUGCUGUGGAAUCCAGAGAGCAACCUGAGUUCCUAAAAUGGAGUUCAGUGGUAUGCAGCAGUCAGUAGGGGUGGAAAAUCUGGCCCCCUUCACUUUACUCCUUCCCACACUCUGCAUAAAGUGUCCUUCCUGGGCCACAUACCUAACCACUACCUCCACUAACUUCUUUCUCCUUUUUUCAGACCAAUCACCAAGUUUAAAGUCAAACCCAAACCCCGAGUGGGCAGGGGAUCAAUCAAGAGCCACACAGGACUUUGGGAGAGUACCUGAUCUGUCUGAGCUUCAGAAUCCACUGAUCCUGAGCCUCCAAAGGCUGCUGGCCCAGCGGCAGCAACACUCCUUUGGUCUGCAUGGGGUGGCGUGCGUGGGCACCGAGGCCCACCUCUCCCUCUGCUCCUUGGAGUUCUAUCGUGCCAAUGACACCACCAGGUGCCCUGGGGGGGCCCCUGCGGUGGUGAGCUGUGUGCCAGGCCCUCUCUACGCAGCAUCCAGUGGCCAGAAGAAGCAACAACAGUCGAAGCCUCAGGGGGAGACCCGAGUGCGUCUAAAGGGUGGGGCCCACCCUGGAGAGGGCCGGGUGGAAGUCCUGAAGGCCAGCACGUGGGGCACAGUCUGUGACCGCAAGUGGGACCUGCAGGCAGCCAGCGUGGUGUGUCGGGAGCUGGGCUUCGGGAGUGCUCGAGAGGCUCUGAGUGGUGCCCGCAUGGGGCAGGGCAUGGGUGCCAUCCACUUAAGUGAAGUUCGAUGCUCUGGACAGGAACCCUCCCUCUGGAAGUGCCCCCAUAAGAAUAUCACAGCCGAGGACUGUUCCCAUAGCCAGGAUGCUGGAGUCCGAUGCAACCUUCCCUACACUGGGGUAGAGACCAAGAUCCGACUCAGUGGGGGCCGCAGCCGACAUGAGGGGCGAGUGGAAGUGCAAAUAGGGGGACCUGGGUCCCUUCGCUGGGGCCUCAUCUGUGGGGAUGACUGGGGGACACUGGAGGCCAUGGUGGCCUGUAGGCAACUUGGACUGGGCUAUGCCAACCAUGGCCUGCAGGAGACCUGGUACUGGGACUCAGGGAAUACCACAGAGGUGGUGAUGAGUGGAGUGCGCUGCACAGGGUCUGAGCUGUCCCUGGACCAAUGUGCUCAUCACAGCACCCACAUUGCCUGCAAGAGAACAGGAACCCGCUUCACUGCUGGAGUCAUCUGUUCUGAGACUGCAUCAGAUCUGCUGCUGCACUCGGCCCUGGUGCAGGAGACGGCCUACAUCGAGGACCGGCCCCUGCACAUGCUCUACUGCGCCGCCGAAGAGAACUGCCUGGCUCGCUCCGCCCGCUCGGCCAACUGGCCCUACGGCCACAGGCGUCUCCUCCGGUUCUCCUCCCAGAUCCACAACCUGGGACGAGCGGACUUCAGGCCCAAGGCUGGGCGCCAUUCCUGGGUGUGGCACGAGUGUCACGGGCACUACCACAGCAUGGACAUCUUCACCCACUAUGAUAUCCUGACCCCCAAUGGCACCAAGGUGGCUGAGGGCCACAAAGCUAGUUUCUGUCUAGAAGACACUGAAUGUCAGGAAGAUGUCUCCAAGAGGUAUGAGUGUGCCAACUUUGGAGAGCAGGGCAUUACUGUGGGUUGCUGGGAUCUCUACCGGCACGACAUCGACUGCCAGUGGAUUGACAUCACAGAUGUGAAGCCAGGAAACUACAUUCUGCAGGUGGUCAUCAACCCCAAUUUUGAAGUAGCAGAAAGCGACUUCACCAACAAUGCAAUGAAAUGUAACUGCAAAUACGACGGGCACCGCAUCUGGGUGCACAACUGCCACAUUGGCGAUGCCUUCAGUGAAGAGGCCAACCGGAGGUUUGAGCGCUACCCAGGCCAGACCAGCAACCAGAUCGUCUAAGGUGCUGCCACCCUCCUCCGCAAACCACCACUGGCCCCUAAGGGCGGGGGUCUGAGGCUGCCAUUACCUCAGGAGCUUACCAAGGAACCCCAGAUAUCAGCAGGCCAGCCGCACUCAUCCAGUGUGCGCUGUGGAGGUGGACUGUCAAGCCGAGGUUAUCGCCCUCCUUCCUAGGCCAGCUGCCGGAUCCGUGGCCAAGCGUGGGGAAUUUUUGCUCCCAGGCCCAGCACCGAGCCAAGCACACGACAAAGAGCAGCACCUGAUUAACUGCCCAGAACAACAGACAGCAGCAGCUGGUUUUCUUGAAUAGGGAGAUCAGAAUGGUCAGCUCCAGUAUCUCCCCUCAGUUGAGGGGGGGAUACAGCUUUACCUCUAGCCUUUUUGUGGGGGAAAAGAUCAGUACCCCCCCCUUAUUUUUGACUAUAACAUGAUGCUAGGUAUAAUUUUAUUUUAUAUAAAAAGCAUUUUUAUGAUUCCUCAGAGCCCAGGGAUUGGUGCUGGUGGUUGGAGGGACCUGCCCCCCACUGGUUCAUUUAAUCCUCUGUCCAGGUACCCUCAGAGCCUAGGCCAGGAAAGCAAGGUGGAAAUCAGAGCAGGAGCCUCAUACUUCUGCUGACCCACUCAUUCUGUGACUUCAGGGGUCACAUAUAAGGUCAAUGUUUCCGGUCCCCGCCGGAUGCGCACUGCCAGCUGGGAUUGGGUUCGAACAGCUUCAUAAAUAUCUUCAGCGUUUUGUACCAGCUGCUCCCCAAUGGCCAAGAUCACAUCACCCGGCCGUAGACCAGCCCUAUGGUGAAAGACGGACAGAGAGAGAAAGGAGGGAAUAGACAGCCCAGUUCAAGGGCACAUGCACAUCUCACCCAUCCCCACCUCACAAAGCAGUCUCUCCCUCACCGGUGUGCAGGGGAGUCCAGGAUGACUUUAUGGAUGAGCACACCAUGCUGAACAUCAGGAAAGCUUGGUUCUCGAAGCUGUAGUUCAGCAAGGAUGCUGAAAGGACAGAGAUCACUCUGUUAACCACACCAAGGCACUCUCCCCAUCUUGCGUUCACCUCAAAUCUCGCAUCAGCACACUGACAGCUGCAUGGACAAGGGCAUGCACUAGAUACUCCGGAUACAAAGGCAACUGGCUUUCUGCCUUCUGGAAGUUAGGAAGUGGGACAUAUAUAUAAAAGGUAACUAAUUCCAAGUGAUACAUAGUAUUAAGACAAUAACACUAAUGUCAUUCUAGAAUUCUAAGAGAAACUUUAAGGAGAGAGUAGAACUUAAAAGCUGAGCCUAAAAGAAUGGUUCUGGUAUUUAACUAUAUAAAGCAAGAACAACAUAAAUAAAACCAUGGGAGUAGGAAAUCA